AUGGCCACAACCUUCGCCAGCCGUGUCUCCUUCUCUGGUGGAUCAUCCGGGAUCUCCCUGUCCGGUGGUGGUGCUCGUAUGAGUGUCAUGAGGGCCGGCAGUGUCUACGGCGGUGCCGGAGGAUCCGGAGUUCGCAUCUCCAGCGGUGCAGCCCUCGGCCUCGGUGGCAGUGGUGGUCUGGCCUUCGCUGCUGGUGGCGGCGGUGGUGGUGGUCUCGCCCUGGCUGCUGGCGGUGGAGCUGCUUUUGCGGCCAUGGCCGCAGGUGCCGGUAAGUUCACCAUGCAGAACCUGAAUGACCGUCUGGCCUCCUACCUGGCCACGGUGCGCUCCCUGGAGUCGGCCAACGCCGAGCUGGAGAUGAAGAUCAGAGCGUUCCUGGAGGCCAGGAUUGGGCCCACUGCCCAUGACUUCUCUGCAUACAUGGUCACCAUUGGAGACCUCCAGGCCAAGAUCAUGGCACUUAUCAGCAUCAGGGGAGGAGUCGUGCUGGGUACUGACAAUGCCAAACUGGCUGCCGAAGACUACAGAGUCAAGCUUGAGGCUGAGCAGGCCAUUCGUCUGUCUGUGGAGGCUGACAUUGCUGGACUCAGGAGGGUUCUGGAUGACCUCACCUUCUCCAAGUCCGACCUGACCAUGCAGAUCGCCUCUAUCCAGGAAGAGGUCGCCUUCCUCAAGCAGAACCACCAGGAGGAUCUUCUGGCUCUGCGUGCUCAUGUCGGCAGUAAAGUCAACGUGGAGGUUGACGCUGCUCCCCAGGACGACCUCAGCCUUGUGCUGGCUGGCGUCCGUGAACACUACGAGGCAGUGGCCACUAAGAACAAGAGGGAGCUCGAGGUCUGGUUCCAGGCCAAGACGGAGGCGCUCAGCAAGGAAGUCCUCAGCAGCACAACGGUUCUUCAGUCAUCCUCAUCAGAACUGGCAACCUACAGGAGCACAGCACAGGCUCUUCAGAUCGAGCUCUCCGGCUUCAUCAGCAUGAAAGCAUCCCUGGAAGCCAGCCUGGUGGAAACACAGACCCACUUCGCAAGCAUGCUCGCCGGCUUCCAGGUACAGGUGGGAGGCCUUGAGGAGCAGCUUGCCGCUCUCCGCAUCGACCUCGAGCGCAUGGGUGCCGAAUACGCCAUGCUGCUGGACAUCAAGACCAGACUGGAGCUGGAGAUUGCAGAGUACAGGAGACUGCUCGACGGCGAUGCUCAUGCUUAUGUCGCGUCCUCGUCCCUGAUCUCCUCCUCCCUGCUGUCCACGGCCUCCACUCCUGUGGUCACCACCAGGACCAAAGUGGUGACAGUGACCGAGGAGCUGGUUGAUGGUGUGGUGGUGUCCUCCACCUCCUCCUCAUCCGUCGUAGGAAGUUAAGACGCCUGCUCCACCAAGGUCAGCAAGGUUAAACUUUGCUGUCUCAAUGUAAUGCUCAAAGCUUAGGCUGCCUCAUUGCUAAGUUGCCCAAAGGGCAAGGAAGCACGUCUAACGUGCCUC